AUCUGCAUCAUUUUUUACAUCUGUCCUUUUUUGAAUAUUUCUGCAUUUUAUUUGCAGGAUUAUCCUCCACUGAUUGACGCUACAACUUCAUGAUUUCUCAUUGGAAAUUUCAAUUUCUUGCUUUAUUUGGAAUGAACCGUGAGGCUCUUCUGUAAUCAUGGUACGAGAAAAAGAUGCUUGUUGGGAAUAUGCUGAGAAGGUAGAUGGAAACAAGGUUAGAUGUAAGUUCUGCCUUAGAGUUCUGAAUGGUGGAAUUAGUAGAUUAAAGCACCAUUUGUCAAGACUCCCUAGUAAAGGUGUAAAUCCAUGCACCAAAGUGAGGGAUGAUGUUAGUGAUAAGGUGAGGUUAAUAAUUGCGUCAAGGGAAGACGCAAAGGGAAUCUCUGAACCUUAUAAGCACAAGCACACCGACCUUAUUACACUUUGCACAAAUACUUGUGCAAGCAAAGCUGCCGGUGCUUGUGUGGGCCACCCAGCUGCAGUUCCUAUCCAAAAAGUUUCCCCCUUUGUUACACAACCUAACAAUGAAGAAAAUGCUGAGAGAAGCAUUGCUCUGUUUUUCUUUGAAAAUAAAUUGGACUUUAGUGUGGCCAGAUCUUCAUCUUACCAGCAAAUGGUUGAGUCGGUAGGAAAAUGUGGCGGUAGUGGGUUUAUAGGCCCUUCUGCUGAAACACUGAGAACAAUUUGGUUGGAUAGGAUCAAAUCCGAAGUUAUUCUGGAUAACACUCUUUACUGCACCGGUAUAGUGAACAACUUACUGCAGAGCUAUGGGACUCUCUUUGUUUCCCCUUGUGCUGUCCAAUGUUUAAACAAUAUACUGGACGAGUUUUCAAAGGUGGAUUGGGUUAACCGGUGCAUCUUGCAAGCACAGAUGAUCACGAAAUUUAUAUAUAACAAUUCAUCCGUUCUUGAUCUGAUGAAGAACUUCACCGGGCAGGAUAUAGUUAAAACCGGAAUCACAAAACCGGUUUCCGAUUUUCUCUCUUUACAAUCCGUACUGAAGCAGAGAUCAAGGUUGAAGCACAUGUUCAACAGCCCAGAGUUUGCCACUAAUUCGAUUUGUCUAAACAAACCCCAGAGCUUAACUUGCCUCGACAUUCUUGAAGACAAUGAUUUCUGGAGGGGGGUCGAAGAGUGUGUGGCACUAUCUGAGCCGUUCUUGAAAGUGAUGAGGGAAGUUUGUGGAGGGAAGGCAGCAGUGGGGUUUAUAUAUGAGCUGAUGACCAGAGCAAAGGAGUCUAUAAGAACAUACUAUAUCAUGGAUGAAAUAAAGUGCAAGACUUUUUUAGACAUAGUUGAUAAGAAGUGGCAGAAUAAUUUGCACUCCCCCUUACACUCUGCUGCGGCGUUCUUGAACCCGAACAUUCAGUACAAUACAGAAGUGAAAUUUCUGGGAUCUAUAAAAGAAGAAUUUUUUAGGGUUCUUGAAAAGCUACUUCCAACACCUGAGCUCAGAAGAGAUAUCACCAACCAAAUCUGUUUGUUCACAAGGGCUUUGGGGAUGUUUGGGUAUAAUCUUGCAAAGGAAGCUAUAGAUUCUGUCCCUCCUGGGAUUUGGUGGGAACAAUAUGGUGAUGCCGCUCCAGCAUUGCAGAGAGUUGCCAUCAGAAUUCUAAGUCAAGCAUGCAGCGGCAGUUUCAUGUCCGAGAGAGAUUGGGCCGCGUUUCAACAAAUCCACUUGGAGAAGCGCAACAAAGUCGAAAAAGACAUGUUGAAUGAUGUGGUUUAUGUAAACUGCAAUCUCAGGCUAGCGGCAAGGUUGCCUCUGAGCUCAAAAGCCACAGCAGACACCGAUGUCCUUCAACUUGAUGACAUAGAUAUGUCCUCCGAGUGGGUUGUGGAGGAGGCUGAAACCCAGAGCCUCCCAACACAGUGGCUUGACCGCUUUGGUUCUGGUCUAGAUGGCAACGACUUGAAUAGCAGACACUUUGGCGUUGGUCUAUUUGGUGCUAAUGACCCAAUUUUUGGAUUGUGAUGGACGGUGGGGUGUGUCCAAUAUUCCAAGGAACUUAACUUAUUUUGGUACUACUGUAAAAGAUGAUACCUUUGAAUUUGUGUGCAUAUAUUAUGCUUAUCUGUACACCAAGGGAUUUAGCUAAAAUGGUUGCAAAGCUAUGUUAAUGUUGUGCACACCCUCCAAAUAUGAGGUGUUAUUUCACCCUUAUUACGAGUAUAAAGAGAUGGCUAUCCC